GCCAGUAUUUGAAAAUGGUUAUAUCAAUCCGAAUUCAGAAUGUGCUAGUGUACUCAUGGUAAAAAAUUUCAAAAGGGCUGAAGCAAUUCAAGCUUGUUGAAGAGAUCUUGCCGAGGACAUGAAUUCGUGGAUUUGUACUAUAGCGGUUUUGGUCGUUAUUCUGGUGCAAUAUGAGUUUUCUUGUGCGGCUAGAACACGACGGAGGAUGCAUAGUAAAGAAUGCCUUUAUUUGUCAAUCACCAAUUCUAUAAAUGUCGACAGCAAACAAUCAUCAGUUCGUGGAUCUUGUCCAAAAUUCCCAAAAGCACUAGAGUGUCCCGAUGAACCAGAACAUGAAUGUAAAACCGACUCAGAUUGUGCCAGUUCAAGCGACCCAGAUAGCGGAGUGCUGUACAAGUGUUGUCUGGAUGGUUGCUAUUUGAGGUGUAUCCAGGCCAUUACUCAUAAAUCUAUUGAAUCAUCUACUGCGCCUUGUUUGAAGGAACCAAUACCACUUGAAAACGAAUUAGAAAAGCGUUUGACUCGAUUCCAAGAGAGAAGCUAUUUGAAAAAAUCAGGAAGAUUGGAAUAUCAGGCAACUUCUAUGCUGUACUAGCGUCCUUGUAUUCCAACGAUAAAUCAUCAGUGAAAAUAAACGAAACCGUUACUAGGAGCUUUAGAUGCUAUACAGGUGUUAAACAAGGAUGUAUGCUGUCUCCCACACUGUUCAAUAUUUUUCUACACGAUUUACCAGAAGUUCUCGAUGAUGAUGCGUCUUAUCUAACAGUGGCAAAUAAUUAUAGAAUAAAAGGACUUUUGUACGCUGAUGAUUUAGUGUUAAUAUCGCAAACGAAAACGGGUCUCCAACAUCAAUUAAACAGACUGCAAUACUUUUGCGAAGUAUCAAAAAUAUACACUAAUCUGGAAAAAACUAAAGUCAUGGUCUUUAAUAACACUGGCAAAAGAAUGAGUAAUUUUGAAUUUUAUCUUAAAAAUGCUAAACUUGAAAAUGUGAAAAGCUAUAAAUAUCUAGGACUAUACUUUAGCGCUUUUGGAACCUUUAGCAAUGCAAGAGAAGAACUAAAGAAGAUAGCGUUAAAAGCUUUGUUUAAGCUUAGAAGAGAUCUCGGAGAUCACUUUAGGACAGACAUAUAUCUAACCAUUAAAUUAUUUAACUCUCUAAUCAAACCUAUCCUACUAUAUGGAAGUGAGGUGUGGGGUGCUGAUAUCAAAGAUAACAUCAAAAACGACCCCGCAGAAGCUGUGCAUAUAAAGUUUUGCAAAAUGUUACUAGGAGUCAAUAAACGGGCAUCAAACAACGCGUGCAGAUCAGAACUGGGACUAUUUCCCUUAAGAGUAAGUGCCAGAUUAAGAGUGAUAAAGUUUUGGAUUAAUUUCGUUACUUCUGAUAAAAUAAAGUUAUCAUACCUAAC